AUGGAGAAUUAUUACAAAGAAACGGAAGUAACAACCGCCGCGUCUGGAAACCGCCGAGACGCAGUCGCGGUGAAAGGAUACAGCGCGAGUUUCGACGAUUCAGCCACCGCCGAUCAGAGUAACGAUUACCAGAUAAAGAUAAAGAAAAGCAAAAGCGUUCCAAACGCGGAUCGUGCGGCGUCUAGAAGCUGGAGUUUCAGCGAUCCAGAAUCGCGGAGGAAGAGAAGAGUCGCUGGUUACAAAGUUUAUUCCGUUGAACAGAAGAUGAAAGGAUCCAUUAGAAAAAGCUUCAAAUGGUUCAAAGACAUUAUCGGUAUUUCUUAA